AUGUCAGAAGAUAUGUUAAAAGAUUUAGUAUCGCGUAAUGUUGAUGUUCUAGUUGAAGAAACCCCUCAGCAGCUUUCAUUUCCACCGCCUAGCUCAGUAAAGCAAAGUAUCCAACAAUGUGAAGCUUGCGCCAGGAAUAAUAUAUCUAUGUUGUUUCAGUUCCAAGUUGAAUAA